UCGUGCGCUCGCUGGCUGGACGUUGAACGUGUUUCAAAUUCGGGAAAAUGUUCAAUUAGAAUGUGUGCUUCUGGUGUCGGAUUUCGGUGUUAAAUUGUUACCGCGGUCGAUCGGAAUACAGGAUCACCCACCUGGUAAUUGAGAGUUCGAGUUAGUGUCACCGAGUGUGCAAUUGAUUCGCGGAUUGGAACGGAAAUCCACUAUGUUCCCGUUCUCCUCGCUACAGGUCGAGUACAGCAACUUCCAUCGUUCCUCGCAAAUCAUGUCCAACGCGCUGAGCAUGACCAAUUCGGGCUUCCCGCACUCCUGGAUCGUUUCCGGGCAGGACUUCUGCCCGAUCACCUACUCCUCGAUCCAGUCACACAAUUCGGCCGUCUCCAACAACCUGGCGACGGUGGAACCCGGUCUGAUCGAACUGCGCAAGGAGAAGUCCCGGGACGCAGCGCGAUCACGCCGCGGCAAAGAAAACUACGAAUUUUACGAACUAGCUAAAAUGUUACCCCUGCCGGCGGCCAUCACCAGCCAGCUGGACAAGGCUUCCAUCAUCCGACUGACAAUCAGUUACCUCAAGUUGAAGGAGUUCAGCGAAAGCGGAGUUCCGUCGUGGAAUAAGGAACCGAUUGGAUUUCAGAAUUAUUCCACCCCACAGUACAGCUACAAUGAGAUGUUCGAAACCCACCUGGGAACUCAUAUUCUGCAGUCACUGGAUGGCUUUGCGCUAUCUACCAGCGUGGACGGGCGUUUCUUGUACAUCUCGGAAACCGUCUCCAUAUAUCUAGGCUUGUCUCAAGUGGAGAUGACCGGUAGUAGUAUUUUUGACUACAUUCAUAAAAGCGAUCAUUCCGAACUAGAAAAUCAGUUGGGGAUUAAGAAGAAUUCGGAGUAUUCCUAUAGCUCCUACUCGGAUGAUCCUCCGGAGAAAACCGUCCUGAAGAUGGCUAAAGAAACCAAACCACUACCGGGAGAAACCUUCGAGGGUGAAGAUCGUGCAUUUUGCAUCCGGAUGAAGUCUACGUUGACCAAACGCGGUUGCCAUUUCAAAUCAUCCGGCUAUCGAGUGAUUCUGUUGCUGUGUCAUCAGCGAAAACGGAACAACUCGACGGAUGAUCACAGUGACAAACAAACUGCGAUCGGAAUGGUUGGCAUUGGAAUCGCACUACCACCGCCGUCACUGCACGAAAUCAAACUGGAAUCGGAUAUGUUCGUGUUCCGGACUAGCCUGGACCUGACGAUCAUUCACUGCGAGAACAGAAUCUCCAGUUUCCUAGACUACACAGCCGACGAGCUGAACGGGAAGAGUGUCUACCUGUUAUGUCACGGUCAGGAUGCACACAAGCUGAAGAAAAGUCACAGCGAGCUAAUACAAAAGGGCCAAGUGCUGACUCCGUUCUACCGUAUCCUGAACAAAAACUCCGGCUACUUUUGGAUUCAAACCUGCUGUACGAUGGUUUGCCAGACGAAAAACAUGAGCGACCAGACGGUGAUCUGCGUCAACUACAUCAUCACCCGACCGGAAAAGGAGAACCUAAUCUUGGACAUCUCGCAGAUGCCGAACAUUGGCCUCACAGAUUAUCACAGUGCUGGCAAGAGCAGUGCGACCAAACGUACUCCCUCGGCAGCGGCGGUAGCAGCGAUGGAGUACGAACUGGAAGUGAAGGCCGGUGAAAUGGGUGGAGCUCAUCCGGAAGGUGCAGCCUAUCUCGAUUCCCAUUCACAUGGCGAUCACAAAGAAUUGCUGGAGAAGUCUCCACAUCGAGCACUGGGAAUGGGCAUGUUUGACAGCAAAAAAGAUUCGCUGGAGUACAAAGAUAAGCACCUGGAUCGGGAGAAAGGAUGCACCAAUAGCAAACAACAACGACUCAAGGCUAGUAGUCCGAUGUUGAACAUUUCCGCAAACGAAAAUCACGGAAGCAUGGAGAAGAAAUCCUCCAACGGCAAGAAAAGCAUCUCCAACCGGGCCAGUGUGAUUCGAGUGCUGAACAAAACUUCGUCGAAAAAAAUUCUUCAGGAGAACCACUAAACCUAGCAUAGUUGUUGUAAAUUAACUACUCAAAUCGCCAUCCCUCUUCCUAACCAACCAACCAACCAACUGUUCCGCAUUGUGCAUCGCUAGAUAGCAUGUAACCGUAUUUAUUGCUUUAGCCGACAUCUUACGAGAAAUACUCAUCACCUACAAACCUUUAUUGAAAGGGUUAUCAAUUGGGUUCCGCAUGAGAUUAACACGCGUUGGAAAAUGCUAGGACGAGAUCAGACAACUUUGCCAUCAUGUUCUGAAGCUAUUUCGAGCCAUUUUUUGAUUGAUUUUGAAUCUGACCUAAGCUCCAUUUAGAAAUUUAUGUUACUGCAGAGCGGGUUGGAAAUAUCGUCAGAAUUAUCGAAUUUAAUCGCCAUUUAAAAUAUUUAAAUCUGUGACACACGCAUUCAGAAUCGGACUUGAUGGUAACGUUCCGUUUUAGUUCUGCGACGAUAACAGCCCCUCAGCGGAACUGAGGUUUUUCUUAGAAAAAAUAAUCCAGUUGUUUGCUCCUGUCCUUGGAAAAAAAAAGUUGUAACCAAACUCAUGCAUACCGCCCAAGUAUUGUUAUUCGAACCCGUACUUUACAGUAACCAGUGUCAGUAUUGUAUAUUCAAGUAACUGAAUAGUGUUUAUGAUUAAUGAAAAAUUAGAGAAGCAAAACAACUAGUUUGUAAGCAAAAUAUUAUG